AUGUCCGCCUCUCUCGACACAACCCCUUCCACCAACAGCAUAAAAAGCACAGACGGAGUUUUGGAAAAACACUCCACACCCACUGGCUGUGGAGAGCUGGUGUCAGUCGGAGAUCCUGUGAUGCACAGGAAAGCCGAAACCAUCACUGGGAAGUAUGGAGUGUGGCUGCAGGACCCGGCGCCUCAGAGCUCCAUCUACACCAACAGGACUGUGUGGUGCAUCGAUGCUGUUGUCACAGAUGUGUGUCAGCUCUUCAAGUAUGAAGACAUGGAUCAUUUCUCCAGAGGUUUUCCUGAGAAGGUUCUGGUUCUGCCAGAGCCAGUGGAGAGCACAGGAGCAGCCCUGUACCGAGUCUCUCUCUACUACCAGCGUAGACAUAGCCGUACUCUGAUUCGUUACGACCCGGCCUCUGAGCGUUUGGUGUCCCGUCUGGACCUGCCUGAUGCCAGCUACCUUGGCCAGCACCCUUACUCGUUGGGCGGCUAUACGGACAUCGACCUGGCAGCGGACGAGCAAGGUCUGUGGGCCAUCUACAGCACCACCAGAGCUAAAGGAGCCAUCGUCAUCUCCCAGCUGGACCCAGUGAGCCUGCAGGUGAGGAGGAGCUGGGAAACCAGAAUCAGGAAGAACUCGGUGGCCAACGCGUUCCUGGUGUGUGGCCGCCUGUACACGGUGGCCAGUUACGCCACGCCCAACACCACCAUCAACUACAUCUUUGAUACCACCACCGGAGUGGGACGGGCCAUCUCUGUGCCCUUCAAGAACAAGUACCAUUAAAGCAGCAUGGUGGACUACAACCAUGCACAAAGGAAGCAGUACAGUUGGGACAACUUCCACAUGGUGACCUAUGACCUCAGACUGGGCGGGACCAGCCACAGCAGCGGCUAAGUUCCUGAUGUUUACUGGACUAAACCACCAGGGUUGACUGCUUGUAGGGAUUUUUUUCUUUAUUUUUAUGCUUAAUUUAUAAAUUAAAUGAACCCAGUGAGGUGGUUUUAGGAAUCUUAUGAUGACGCUGAUAGUUUUGUCAUAAAAGAACAAAGUUUUUUUUCUUUUUGCUUGUUUUAAUUUAGUUGGUAACACAUAAUCUCCUGUUACAUUAAAUCUGUUACAUCUCUCCCAAACACUGGCACCCCUCAGGGAUGUGCACUGAGCCCCUUGGUGCUCUUGGACCGCUCAGCCACACCUGAGCUGUAUUGUCAGCAGGUCUGUUGAAAAAUUAAAGUAGGAAUAAAAAUGUUUUCCUCCUAUCUCAUCAGGGAGGGCAGCGCGCUAGCGGCCCCUGUGGAUGAUCCGCCACCGUCUGCAUCCGUCACAGCCACAGCUGACCCAUCACCAAAUCACCCACAGCACAUUCUAUAUAACCAUGUAAUCAUGUGACUUUUAAAGUGUUUAACUAUGUUGUCUCAUU